GGGCUCGCGCGCGUCGAGGCGGAGAGCGAUGGCAUCCACGUCGGCGCGGACCUCGGCUUCGCGCUGGGGGCCUCCGACAUCAGCGACACCUUCCACCGCUUCAGGAUUGACCGAGGCCUCUCUGGCUACUUCUGCACGCGGUGCGCAACGGCGCAGGAGGUCGGCCUUGUGGGCGCCACCAUCGGGGGCCUUGCGGCGGCGCCCGACCGCCGGCCGGCGCCCGCGUGCGCCGCCCUGCCGACGGGUUUCACUUGGUCGCUCUACUUCUGCCGGGAAGGGGGGGGGGGGGGGGCUGCGAUGGGCGCCGCCCCCGAGCUGGAGCGGGCCCACCGCAUGAGCGACCGAGGGCCUGUGACAGCGCUGCGCCCGUCGGCCCCGCUGGCUGAGGGAGUAGGAGCUCAGCGCACCUACGUGGACAACCUCGGAGCGCUGGGUUUCGACAGCGGGGGCGUCUCCAGCAGCCUGGCCGCCGCCGCGGCGAGGUUCGGCGCCGCGGGCCUGAAGACGCACGAGACGGACAUUCAGAAGGGCCGCGGCGAGACGCUGGGGCGCGUGCUGGAUGGGAGGUCCUUGACAACCAGGCUCACGGCCAAGCGCUACUGGCGGGUCCGCCAGGGCAUCGCGCGGGCGCUGGGCUGCAGGGCCCUGCCGGGGUGGGGGUGGGAGAUCGUUCUCGGCCACUGCACCUACUGCGCGAUGCGCAACCAGGACCUCCUCCCCGUCUUCAACGCGAUAUACAAGUUCAUCGCAGCCCACUACCACCAGGGGGCUCCGCUGCGGCCGUCGGCCAGGGCCGAGCUGGUCGCCUUCCGCGGGCUGAUGCCGUUGCUGCGGGGCGACUGGGCGCCCCCCUGGCGCCCGCUGGUCUGCCUCUCCGACGCGUCCGAGCACGGCUUUGCGGUGAGCGCCUCGCUCUUCGACCGGGCCGCCGUGAAGAAGAUCGGCAAUGCGAUUGCGAUGACUAGCAGUGGAGAGUUCAAAGAGUUUGCAGAGCUUGGUCAGCACGAUGUGAUCGCACCUCAGACCGAGUGGGGGUCCGAUAGAAGCUUCAAGGAGAUGGCAGCGGAGAUCUUCUCGGGGCCCCGCUGGACAGAGGUUGUCGCCCGCGGGUGGCAUAACACGUCAGAGGAUAUGCUCGUUGAUGAAUCACGGGCCCUCCUGAAGGCGAUGGGGAUGCAGUGCAGUCUGUCGCCGCGGGAGGGAGAGCAUGUCGUUGUUAUGAGCGACGCCCUGCCUGCAGUGCUUUGCUCCGAGAGGAGGAGAGCGAGAAACUUCGUGGUUCUCGCCUGCAUCAGGCGGGCCGUCGCCCUGGGGCUCUGCCUCGACAAGCGCCUCCAUGCGAGGUGGGUUCCGAGUGAGCUCAGCCAGAGCGAUGAGGGCUCUAGGCUGUAUGACCCGAGCUACGACCCCAGCAAGACUUUGGUGAACUCUUGGGAGGCCUCCAAAGAUGAUGACAAGACUCCUGUGAAUCAUAGACUACCACAACAUGCACAUGAACAAGAUAGCGCACAUCACAAGAGCAUGCACUACCGCAGGCACGUGGACACGGAGAGCAACCCGCACAGCAAGUUCGGCAACUAUGAGAGCAAGAGUGAGCACGUCAGCAUAGAUCCCAACAGCAACUUGGCUACAGCAAGCAGCAGAGGAGGCAGCGCGCCCGCUGCAGCCGCGCUCGAGCGGCUCGCGAAGCGCUCGCGGGUGCUGUCGCCGACUCCUGGGAGCCCCCCAGCCGAGACGCGUGCGCCGGUCCGCCGCGGGCGGACCCUGCCGGCGCCCAGCGACCGCGGGAGGCAGAGGCCGGCGCUGCCCCCUCCCGCUUCGAAGGCCGCGCGACCUGGAGGCGAGCUGCAGCCGCGGGGGGGGGGCAGCAGCGACGAGAGCGACGCCACGACGCAGCUCGAGGACGAGGUCGAGGCGCGGCGCAUGGCCGGCCUGACGCUGCUGGAGCGCUCUGCAGUCAGGCAGGGCACGGAGACCCGCUACCAGGUGGAGCUCCAGGCAUUCAUCAGCGCCGCCGGGGAGCAGUCGCUCGUCGUGGACAGCGAGGUGGACGGUGCUCUCGCGCGCUACAUGAACGAGCUCUACGGGUCAGGGAACAACUCGCACAGGGGCGACGUGCUGCUGUCGGCUCUCCUGCACUUCCAGCCUCAGUAUUGA